CCAGGAAGGAGAGUAGGCGUACCCGGUUAGCAAGCAGUGCUGGACACUCCCCUAGAGAUGGAGGAGGAACGCCCGUAGAUCCACAAUCUUCCACACCCUCUGGACGUUCCUCUGGCUACAGACCUAUUUUUGAGUCAGGGUUCCGGGUACCUGGUUCCGCCUCACUACUCCGGCCUGGGGAUAGAAGAGCUGUGCACAGGAAGCUCUCGCCAAGAAGGUCAACUAGAAAUGCUUCUAGGGAACCAAGUCCUCUACCUGACAGUAUACCUAUGCAGCCAAUACCAAGACGAGAUCAAGAAUCUAAUAUUAGGAAGGCCAGUGUUGCUGAAACUAGUUUUGAAGGACAGCAUUGGUAUGUUGGGGAGGAUGGGAGUACUACCUCCCGUAGUGACGAGACUGGGAGUGAUAUAGCCUGUAGGGGGAGUGAUGUCGCUAUUGGAGGAAGUGAUAUUGCCAUUGAGGGCAGUGAUAUUGCCAUUGGGGGCAGUGAUGUUGCCAGCCGGGGGAGUGAUCUAGCUAGUAGGGGGAGUGAUAUAGCUAGUAGGGGGAGUGAGGACGACAUCUUAAGUUUUGGGAUCGAGGAAAGAAAAUCUGCGAGAAGAAAAGGAUCUGUACAUGAUGUAUAAAUGUGUACACUGUACACUGACAUGUAUGUUCAGGAUGUAUUAGCAAAUAGUAAAAUUUUGUACAUUACCUAUUACCAGCUAUUUUAUCCGUUUCCUUAUUUAUUUCAUAAAAUUUACAAUUUAGGGUUUAUACGUAUUGUACAGCACAGAAGACGUACAGUACAUUGUACACUGUACAAUGUACGUAGUUAUAUUUUUACACAAGGGCUGCUAUAAGUAAUGUGCCAUGAAACUGAACAUUGAUCGAUUGUUAAAAAAAGUCAUUUAUACCGGGUUACACCAUUUAAGUUUGAUUUUACUUAAUUUUUGUCAUUGCAUUGCAUUUGUU